AUAUAUAUCACUCUAUCACCAAUUUUAUAAAUCCAAACUCUCUCUCUCUCUCUCUCAGACAAAAUGAACAAGCAAAGAGUCUUCACCCUUUCACAGGUUGCGCAGCACAAGUCCACUAAAGAUUGUUGGCUCAUCAUCAAUGGCAGAGUAUUGGACGUGACGAAGUUUUUGGAAGAACACCCGGGAGGGGACGACGUUUUGCUUGAGGUUGCCGGGAAAGACGCCACCAAGGAGUUUAAGAACAUCGGACACAGCCAGGCUGCCCAGAAUCUGCUUCUGAAAUACCAGGUGGGAUAUCUCCAAGGCCACAACAUCCAGGAAGCUGACAGUGACUCCAAGAACAGCAUUGCUUCUUACAAGGAGUCCAAAGGCAAAGAAAUGAGUGCUUUUGUGAUCAAGGAUGAUGCUGUGCCCAAAUAUGUGACCUUUGCUGAGUAUUUUGUGCCACUUUUGGUGGCCACCUCCUUCUUCGGCUACCGGUACCUCAUCGGAGCAGCCCAGUUCAGCUCUUAGAAGAUCUUGGAAUGUUUUCUGGAUUUUAAUUAAUAUCCCUAUCAUAGGAUCUUGUUUGAUCAAUCUGAAGAUAUGUUUGUGUUACUGUUUUUAUGAUGGUAUGUUAAGCUUAUAUUUCAUCAUAAUUUAAUGGUUUCAAUAUCAUAUUUC